AUGCCUCCCUCGCGCGCGCUAGCGGCUCGGCGAGGUCGGCCGGCGCGAGCACAACCCCAAGACGAUGCCGUAAGCGGGUGGCUGCGCCGCCGCUGCGCCGUCGGGGCGACGGCGACGGCGGCGACGGCGGCAGCGGGCCGGGCAGCGGCGGUGGCGGUGGCGGUGGUCAGGGCGGCGGCGUCGAGGGCGGCGGCGUCGAGGGCGGCGGCGGCGACGGCGGCGGCGGGCUCGGUGGGGGCGGCGACGAGGACUGCUCGGCCUGUGGCGACAGGCUGCGGCGGCGAGGGCAGCGGCGACGUCGGUGGCGGAAGUGAGGGAAGCGGCGGCAUCGGCGGCGGCGGCGACGUCGGCGCCGGACUCAGGAUGGCGCCGGGCUACGCGGCGGCGGCGAGGGCGGCGGCGCCGAGGGGAGGCGUCACGGCGGCA